AGUCAAAUUUCAGUGAUGAGGGAGUCUGGACGAACUGAGACUGCCUUUGUUCACGUGGAACUUCUCGCAGUACCGGGUGGGCGUGCAAGAGAGAGAGGAGAAGAGCGCAACUGUUCGGAUACAGAAGCGAGCGAGUGGAGUCUCAGUAACGGGACUACUGAACUUGGAGACAUGGGUCGUGCAAGUGUUUCAUCUUUGAGCAGAGUAACGCUCUGGUGCUGGAGUAUUAUCACUUUGUGCAUCUUUACUCCUGGGAUUGCCUUUCAGCCAUUUGAGCCAGAGAGGGGCUCUGGUGGCCAACUGGACCUCACAGAGCUCAUCGGUGUACCCUUGCCACCCUCCGUCUCAUUCAUCACUGGCUUUGAGGGCUUCCCUGCGUACAGCUUCGGCCCAGAUGCUAACGUGGGCCGCCUUACACGCUCCUUCAUCCCUGACCCUUUCUUCCAUGACUUUGCCAUUAUUGUAACAGCCAAACCCACCACUCGCCGUGGAGGAGUCCUUUUCGCCAUCACUGAUGCCUUGCAAAAGAUUGUUCACUUAGGAGUAGCAUUAGCACCAGUGGAAGAUGGAUCACAACAGGUGAUCCUUUACUACAAUGAACUCGGUGCGACACACACCAAGGAGGCAGCUUCGUUUAAGAUGGGGGAUCUUACAGGAAGAUGGGCGAGAUUUACUCUGGCUGUACAGGGAGAGGAAGUGAAGCUGUAUAUGGACUGUGAGGAACACCACAGAGUAGCAUUCCACAGGGGCCAGGACAGACUCACCUUCCAGCCCAGCUCAGGGAUCUUCGUAGGGAAUGCCGGAGGCACCAGACUAGAACGGUUUGUGGGCUCUAUCCAGCAGCUGGUGUUGACACCGGAUCCAGUUGCACCAAAUGAACAGUGUGAGGAGGAUGACCCCUACGCAUCAGGUUAUGGCAGCGGUGAUGACAUCUAUGAUGACACUGAGUCCGACAACGAAGUGAAGAAAGUAGUUGAAGAGAGAGAAUAUACAAUGCCAGAGGAUAUUGAGACAACCCCAGUGAGAGCGCCCCCUACUGAAGCUCCACUACUCGAAGCUGAAUCAGAUGACGAAGACUUGGUGGAAGGCUCUGGGGAGGACAUAAUGAUCAAAGAGGAAAAAGAGCCAAUCAGAUCAGAGGGAGCCACUCAAGACAGAAAUGUCAUUACCAUGCAGAAGGGAGAAAAAGGAGACAGAGGUUUACCAGGCCCUCCAGGACCCCCAGGUCCCACUAUUCCAUCUGGACCAUCUAGGGAGGAUUCUUCUGGGACAGGAGAGCCAGGGCCCAGGGGCCCACAAGGGCCAACAGGACCACCGGGGGCACCGGGGAAAGACGGUGGUCCAGGGAAAGAUGGAGCCUCUGGAGAGGUUGGACCUCAGGGAUUUCCGGGCCUUGCUGGCGAUCUAGGUCCCAAAGGAGACAAGGGCGAUCCUGGGGUGGGCCUCCCAGGGCCACCUGGACCACCUGGACCACCUGGGCGUCCUGGGACGUUUAAGUAUCCGGAUAGCAUUGAUGGCUCAGGUUCAAGCUAUGUGGACUUUGACAGUGACACAGAGGUGAUAAGGGGUCCCCCAGGGCCACCUGGGCCACCAGGGCAGCCAGGCCCUCCUGGGCCUUCUGUGGGUGUUAAGCCAGGGCCAAUUGGCCCACCAGGAGUUCCUGGAAAAGAUGGGAAAGAUGGGGAGAUUGGUAAACCUGGAAUUCCAGGUGCAGAUGGGCGAGACAGUGAACCAGGCAAAGAUGGAGAAAAAGGGCAAAAAGGUGAACCAGGGUUACCUGGACUCAUUGGAACAAAGGGUGAUCCUGGUCAGCCAGGUGCCCCAGGACAGCCAGGACCUGAAGGUCCCAAGGGGCAACCAGGUCUGCCAGGGCCUCCCGGACCACCAGGAAAAGGCUUCAACUUUGAAAUGAUGGAAUCUGAAGGGUCAGGUCUGGAUAGAACCAGUACCUUCAGGCCUAUACUGCCCAGAGGACCACCUGGUCUUCCUGGUCUCCCAGGCCCACCAGGACCACAGGGGAAAGAUGGCGCCAACGGCCCUCCAGGUGUUUCAGUGAAGGGUGAACCAGGGCCGAAAGGAGCUGAUGGACAAGAUGGGUUACCUGGAUUGCCAGGACAACAAGGAGGGAAGGGAGAAAAUGGUGACAUGGGUCAGAAGGGAGAGAGGGGCCUGGAUGGAAUUAGUCUCCCUGGGCCCCCAGGGCCUCCUGGACCCCCAGGACCAGUCAUCAAUCUGCAUGAUCUAAUGCUCAAUGACACAGAAGGACUUUUUAACCUCUCAGGGAUUUUUGAACCACACGAUCCUUUGGGUCCAAGAGGUCCAAAAGGUGAUCCUGGAGCCCCAGGGAUCCAAGGGCCUCCAGGUUUAAAGGGUCAGAAAGGAGAUCCAGGGUUGACCUUAACAGAUGGAGUGCUGAUCUCUGGAAUUACUGGGCCACAGGGACCAAAAGGACUAAAGGGAGAACAUGGUGUUCCUGGACCAACUGGAGAGAAGGGACCAAUAGGUCCGACUGGACCAAAGGGGGAAUUUGGAUUUCCAGGACGUCCGGGUCGUCCUGGAAUGAAUGGACGUAAAGGAGAUAAAGGAGAAUCAACAGUGUUACCUGGUCCACCUGGUCCUCCCGGCCCACCAGGACGUCCAGGAAUAUUCAACUGUCCUAAAGGAACAGUGUUUCCAGUUCCUCCGCGACCUAACUGCAAAAAGCCUGUUAGUGGAGACACACAAGGGGGUGCUAGCUGCUCAUCAUUUGGAGCCAAAGGGGAAAAGGGGGAGAGGGGUCUUCCAGGCUUACCAUCUCCCUUAAGCAAUACACUGGAAACCAAAAUAACAUUCGAUAAAGGUGACCAUGGUUUUAAGGGAGAGAAAGGAGAAAAAGGUGAAGCCGGGAUGCCGGGGCUACCUGGGGUCCCUGGGAAAUCUGGCAUGGUGGGACCUAAAGGUGCAUCUGUCGUUGGACCGCCUGGUCAUCCAGGACAACGAGGACCCCCUGGUGCACAAGGUUUUGGGAGAAAUGGUUUUGCUGGACCUCCUGGUCCACCAGGACCACCGGGCCCACCUGGACAAUACAGCUCUGGCAUCAUAAUCCCUGGCCCACCCGGUCCACCCGGGCCCCCGGGAAGAGCCGCUGAUACCUCAAGGGUUGUCAGGAAAUAUGCAAAUCUUCAAGCCCUGAGACAGCAGACACACGUGGACGAGGAGGGAACAUUGUCCUUUGUUACUGAUAUGGCUAAACUCUAUAUUAAAGUGCCAGGAGGCUGGAGAGAAAUUCAGCUUGGUGGCCUGAUUGAGGAGUAUCCAUCCCCUGUCUUCUCACAAGAUGAUGCUGGUCCACUGAUGCUGACACCUCCACUCAGCAAUACACCUAAAAUCCACACAGGAAGUGCACUCAGGUUGGUGGCUCUCAACACGCCGUUGACAGGAAACAUGGGCUCCAUCCAUUCAGUUAACAAGCUUUGUAAGACCCAAGCUCAAGCCAUGGGCAUCCGAGAUGAUUACAAGGCCUUCCUCUCUCAUCACCUUCAGGACCUGAUUGAUAUAGUGCAGUCAAUGUACCGUACAAGCAUGCCAAUUGUCAACUUAAGGGGCGAGGUCCUCUUCAAGAACUGGGAGAGUAUCUUCUCCAACCAUCUCCUCCCUGCCGGCAUCCCUCUUUAUUCUUUUGAUGGGCGAGAUGUGAUGAGUGACCCCUUCUGGCCUCAAAAGGCUGUAUGGCAUGGCUCUUCAGAGAGAGGCAAGCGGCUUGAUGCUUUGAACUGUGAGUCCUGGAGAGCUGGUGACAUGGCCAUCACUGGUCAAGCAUCCUUCCUCUACAGCGGCUUACUUAACCAACAAACCCGCAGCUGCUCCAACCACUUCAUCGUCCUGUGCAUCGAAACCACCCACGACCACAAAACCAUUGAAGAACUCCAGAAGGCACAGUAUCGCCACAGAAGAUGGUAUUACAGAUACUAAAACCCUUCGUUUCCAGCUUUCAACAAACUGGAAGAUGUACAUUUGUUUGGACAGAGAUGCAAUGACAGAAAUUCAGCAGGCCCAAAAGCCAAGUGACCAAAACUUCAUGCUUUUGGCACAAGAACUGACAAUCAAUGCCAUCUUUCUAGAAUAAAGUGUAUUGUUUUAAAGACAUUUUGAUGCACUGUACUUUUCAUAUUGUAUUUUUUUGGAGUUGAUUUUACAAGACAACCAAGGUUUUUUUUUUUUUUAAUCACGUCAUUUAUUUGUUUGUUAUUCUGUUUGUAUUUAAUUUAAUUUCAGUGUUUUAUUUAUACAGUGGCUGCACAUCAUUCAAAAAUUUAAAGUGACUAAGGAUAAAGAUGUAUUUUAUAAUUCCAGCUCUUCAAAAUGAAAUAUCAUGCAAUUUCUUGACUAUUUUCAUACAACAUUUUUCAAACUACAGUUUUUAGAUUAUUCAAUAUGCGAAUGCCUUGUCUUCAUAAGUUCUUCACAAGACCAUUUUCUAUAGAAUUUCUUAAAACGAAGAAAUUUAAGCAGUGUUUUUGUCUAUUAAAUAAAACUCUUUUUUUCAAAAUGUGAUCUCUAUUCCAUGCCAGUGUUUGUUUACAUUAUACCUACCAAUAAAAUGCCACAAUGUUUUGAAAACCACAAGCCUAACAGACUGGUCACACUGUGAAUGCAGCAACAUGAGGAGGAGAGUUCUGCUGCUGAAUUUGGAACCACUUACUGAAAUGCGAACCAUUGCUCCCAGUGGCCAAAGCUGGAAUUGUUGUGGAGGUGCCAAAACUGAGUUGUAUUUUUAGCUGUAAAUGAUGUAAUACCUUACUUAAACCCCAACAAUAAACAUAAACCUCAAUGGAGUAAACAUUUAAUUUUUGAGUGAAAAUGCGACCUCUGAAUCCUGCUCACCAUUGUUUAUUGUUGAUCCCCUGUGUUAUGCUUAGCCUGAUGCCUCUGAGCUGAAUCAAAUCUGUAAAAACUGAUUCUUUAGUUCAUAGCCAAUAUCACAGUAGUCCCAUUGUCAUUUCAUUGCUUAUGAAAUAUCUGCAUUAUGAUAUAAACAACACAUGAUCAUUUUAACCUCAGAUGCAUGUGCAAUUCUGUGAAUACUCAUAUUUUUCCUUUUGCAGAUUAUUUACAAAGAUUCUGGGAAACCUGACCUUAGGCGAACCCAAAUGUUACACCAUUUUGUGUGGUUAUGAAUACAAUUUCUGAACCAGAAAUGGCAUCUGCGGUAAACCUUGAAACUGUAAUAGAGGCAUUUCAGCCUGCUAAACGGACUGUGAUUUAUUGGGAAAGUUUGCACCUCCUAAACAUGGAACAUGGAGGGGGCAGAGAGAACCAUUUUAAAUUGUUGGCCGUUGAGUUGGCAUGGGAUUUGGCUGUUUUUGAGGGCACUAUGGUGAGGUUUGCCACCCUCAGACUGGCAUUGCCACACUGUUAUGUCACACUAUUUUCCUAUAAUCCAUUUACAUGUCUGUUUUUCACUACAGUGAAAUGUUGUGUGAUAUACAAAAAAUUGUUUUUGUUGUAAACAGUGAGCACUUACAGAAACGUUUAGAGCCUUAAAUGGGAUCUAUUUGCAUGGUCUGAUGAUUAUCAUACAUAUAUUAGGUCAGUUAGGAUCACAAAUUUAUUUUAAGAACAUGUAAUGUCAGAAUAAUAAUAGAGAGAAGUAUUUAUUUCAGUUUUCAUUUCUUUCAUCACAUUCCCAGUGGGUCAGACGUUUACAUACACUUUGUUAGCAUUUGUUAGCAUUGCUUUUAAAUUGUUUAACUAGGGUCAAAUGCUUUGGGGAGCCUUCCACAUGCUUCUCACAAUAAGUUGCUGGAAUUUUAGCCCAUUCCUCCAGACAGAACUGAUGUAACUGAGUCAGGUUUGUAGGCCUCCUUGCUCGCACACACUUUUUCAGUUCUGCCCACAAAUGUUCUAUCGUACUGAGGUCAGGGCUUUGUGAUGGCCACUCCAAUACCUUGACUUUGUUGUCCUUAAGCCAUUUUGCCACAACGUUGGGGGUAUGUUUAUCUAUUUGAUAUACCCAUUUGUGACCGAGCUUUAACUUCAUGGCUGAUGUCUUGAGAUGUUGCUUCAAUAUAUCCACAUCAUUGUUUUUCCUCAUGAUGCCAUCUAUUUUGUGAAGUGCACCAGUCCCUCCUGCAGCAAAGCACCUCCACAACAUGAUGCGUCCGCCCCCAUGCUUCACGGUUGGGAUGUGUUCUUCGGCUUAAAAGCCUCACCCUUUUGGCGUUUUUUAAUGGUGAUUUUGGAGCAUUGGCUUCUUCCUUGCUGAGCAGUCUUUCAGGUUAUAUCGGUAUAGGACUUGUUUUACUGUUGAUAUAGAUACUUGUCUACUUGUUUCCUCCAGCAUCUUCACAAGGUAUUUUGCUGUUGUUCUGGCAUUGAUUUGAAUUUUUUGCACCAAACUACGUUCAUCUCUAGGAGACAGAAUGCAUCUCCUUCCUGAGCGGUAUGAUGGCUGUGUUGUCCAGUGGUGUUUAUACUUUCAUACUAUUGUUUGUACAGAUGAAUGUGGUACUUGUGGAGGUCCACAAUUUUUCAGUCUUGGCUUAUUUAUUUUGGUUUCCCAUGAUGUGAAGGUAGGCCUUAAUAUAUAUCCACAGGAACACCUCUAAUUCAGUACAUCUCCUAUCAGAUGCUAAUUAUCUAAUUGUCUAUAGGCUUGACAUAAUUUUCUGGAAUUUUCCAAGCUGCUUAAAGGCACAGUUAACUUUGUGUAUGUAAACUUCUGACCCACUG